AUGGAAUUUUCCUCCCGAUAUAAUCGAUCGAAAGUAAUAAUAAUAAUAAUUGUUUUUUACAGGAUGGUUUUAGUUCUAAAUGGAGUUUUACAAGAGGAUUCACCUCCCGAUUCUAGGACUUUAUUUCACAAUCAUCCUAUGUACAGAGAUUCGGCUCUGCAAUUGGUGUCCAUACCUACCAAAGUCAUCGGUCCCGUCGGACUAUUGUAUAUACAACAAAGAGAAUUAGCCGUAACUGCUCCUCACGACAAGAACGUGAGCAUUUUGGGAUCGGAUGAUGCUACAACCUGUAUAAUAGUUGUUCUUAGGCAUUCUGGAAGAUUCACUCCGUUCGAUGCUUUUCACAAGCAACCGAUAGAAGUAGAUUUAACAACAGCCUGCGUAGGAGAAUUAAAUACGACAAUACGUGGAGGAAUACAUUGGCCGAUAAUUUACGGAGUCGGAGUCAACGUUAAGACUGGAGAAAUAUUUCCUGCAACUUUUCCCGAUAAAGGACCGGAUCCCGCUUUAAGAUGGGCGCGACAUCUUACGGGAGGUCAACAAGUUCUCGACGUUUACGAUUACGAACUCGGUCUAUUGAGAAUAGGGCCUUUUAAUUACGAACCAUUGAGAGGAGUCGAUCUUUGGCUCCAGCAAUCCGAUGAUUUUAUACUCCAGCAUUUGUCUACGAGUCCGGAAGUUGAGCCGCCGCAUUUCGUGACGCAGAUACGUGCAACUUUGAAAUACAUACAAGAUCAUCCAUUUCCGGCUGUAACGGUUUUUCGUGAUAAUCGUCCGCAUUAUUACAGACGAGACGAAGCAAGCGGCACAUGGACGCCAAUCAGAUAUUAA